AUGGCUGAGUUAACAUGCGGGUUUGUCUUCCGAACAUCACAAAGCCACAUCUUGCCCGCGCAUUCCACCGAGUUGAGCGUCUACACUUUGGCCUCCCAAGCUGCCCACUUCCCCGACGAGCAUCCAGUCGUGGCACACAACGUUGCCGCUCUCUACAUCGCCCCCUUCCCCUUAGUCUCAUGCAGCGGUGGUGACCUGGCGCAGAUUCUGACGCCUUGCCUGCCUGACGGCUCCAAGGGGAAGGUGCAGUCCGGUGCUCUCCUCACAACUUUUCAAGCCUCACACAUCUGUCAUUCUUUCCUCGCAUCACCUACGGCCAUGGCGUUCAAGCCCCCAGGAAAAACAAAAAGCAACAAGGUUGCGUGCCUCGAAUGGGGUAGGCUCGACCCAUUCAACCCCGACCGAAUUCAACUCGAACAGAAUCUGGCCAAUACCGGCCGCCAAAUUGAAGCCGAAAUCAAGACGGCGCAGGAUCAGAUCUCGCACUGGAAGACCGACAUUGCGUCUAAGGCGUGUGCUGAUGACAAACAAAAAGUGCAUAGCUACUUGCACCCGGUUGCAGAUAUGACCCCAACAGUAGACCCACCAUUGGACUAUGCCGGGCUGCUGGAAAAGGUCGCCGCAUUGCGAUUGCAAGAAACGAAGAGCUUCAGACGGCGUGCAGCAUCGCCCAUCGACGACGACCGUGGUGCUAAACGCCGACGCGUCUCCGAUACUACUACAAACAAUGGUGGUGGUUCUCGGAGCACACAGAACACGUCACAUCGAGACGAAAGGCCAACUGAGCGCAUAUCUGCGGUGCCACAAACGAGCGAUUUUGUUGCACAGCAGCUGGCCACACCGAAGGCGUCGGAAAACGGCCAAUUUGGCCGCAGUGGUUCAUCCCACAUUACAUUGGGUUCAGGGAGCAGUGUGCUCGAUAUUGGCCAAUCUGGUCGCGAUCAGGUCCUACAGGCUCGUCCUGGGCCGCCAUGCCCCCCAGGGAGGGCUACGACGCCCUGUUCCAAAGAUGCGGUGACAGCUCUCUCGAAGACCCCAAUCAAGUCCCAUGCCCCCUUGGCGCCCCUUCGUUCGCUUUCGAGCGGACCUGCUGCACCCUGCCAAGAAAUCGACACCACCUGCGCAGCAGCCUGGCGAAACCCCUCCCCGCCGUCUCGAUCGGCUUCGAUGGGUGCACCGGCGACAACCGCCAAGCAUCGCGUGCCGGCCACCAUAGUGAAGCCCUUUUCGGUGCUUCCAGACCGGGAGCACAGAGCGAGUUCGCAAAGCAUUUUGCCGGGGUCGACACAACAAAGCCCCCGCACCACCCCUUUGCCCGAGCGGCGUGCUAGCCAAGAUACUGGCGCUGCUGUUGGUCAAGCAAAGACCGCCCUUCCACGACGAGAAACACGAUCCAGGGCUCCGAGAGCGCCGACCAUCAUGGGCGAUCCCAUGUUGACGCCGAUCGCUGACCUGGCUUCAGCUCGACAAAGAUACAUUCCCAUGGUUACAGUGCCAGUACAAGGCAAGACUGGUGUAACCUGGCGCGAUCCAUCUGCCGUCAAACCAGAACUCGUCGAAAUUCUCGCAAGAGAGUUCUACAAUGCCAUAAACGACACAGAAAAAAGAAAGCAGUGGGCGAGGUACAAGCCUGGGGAGGCGAGUUGUGUCUUGUCAUACGUCGUAGGCAGAGGCGCAUACAAGUCGACGUUUCCGGGAGCCUUUCGGGCUUGCGAUUACUGCACGAGGCUCAACCGCCCAUGCGUCAAGAUCAUCUCCAUGAACGGUGUGGAUGCUUUGGGUUUUCACCCGCUACCUUCUGCUAUCCGUAAAACCAACAACCAUCUGGCACUUGGCUUCUUCGUGAACUCUAAAUGAGAGCCGACAUGUCCUCGAAGGACGCCAAAACCUUCUCGAAUUGCCUCCCACAGGGGCGCCUACAGCUAUGUGACUAUAUGGGCCAUGGCUCGCUACAUGUUUCCCCAGCUUCGCACUCGAAAUUGGGUCGACGGUAUCGUUGAUGGCACAUACGCCAGUCAGGGUCCAUUCAAAUAAGCCAGCACAUCAAAACUCCGUCUACCGCCUCAGCAUGAUCUUUUUGAAGCAAGACGCUUCCAGUGGUAGGACGAGCGUGCCGACCACCAUCCAUUACGUACUGCCUCAAGCCGAUGUUUACAACACAGUGUACACCACACAAAAAUCCUCGUCUAUGGAGUUGAUGGCAGCACACGUGCCUACAGACUCCCAAGGCGACGAACAAGGCACUGCUUGUCUGGAGGGGAAGUUGAGUUGGCACAAUACCUCGCUCACGUUCACUUUGGUCAACGCCCAUAAUGCCAUUUGAGCUGGUCAAAUAUUUCUUGCACAUCGCACGCAUUGGGUCGCUAUGCGAUACCAUACGAUACAUGGAUCUCUAAGGCAGAACCCAGGGGCAACCUGCUCGAUGGCGGGUAGAACUGCGUGCUGCCCCGGCUAAAAUUCGGCCAGUAGUCCUUCAUGACCACGCUACGGCUAUUACGCAGGUGGUGUCAGUUCGCGGUACCGAUUUACGUUCGAUGAGUCAAGUUGAUGCCCUCAGGUUAGACUGCUCAUGAGAGGAACAGCGAGCGACAGUGUUCGCGUAGCUAAUGUCGCAACCACAUCAACGCGCCUCGUGCUCAAACCCUACUCCCGAGUCAUCACACUAUCGAUUUCCUUGCCGUCCUUGCCGUGGAGGCUCUUUUCAAGCCGCGCCCAGCCCUCUGGUCGCAUUGACCGUUACAAUAAUCUAAUCGUCAGAUAAGUGAGGGUCUUCACGCGACCACACCCGCACUGGCGCUGCGUCUGCCGUGCCCAGCUUUCUAUGCAUCGAGCGCCACGCAUUGACGUGAACGUGGUCUCCGUUGCCGAUAAGUCUGUUCCAAUGGCCGUUCUCUUGGUUAUGGUUGAGGAAGAGAUUAGCAAAAUCUCUCCAUCUUCACACUCAUCUUUUUACACACUAAGUUUGUCGCGGUAUGCAUUAUGCCAACAGGCGCGAAUCAUCGUUUCCACGAUGCCUCAGCUGGCGCGACCGACGCCGCUCAUUCACACGCUCAAACCAAAACCAUACGAUCCAUUCCCUUCUCUCUCCACGGCCUUCUUACAGUCGGCGCGAAUAUGGUCAUCAUAAAGCCUCUUCUUACAGGGCUCCUCUUGCUCAUUACUAACCGUACAGCCGUACUCGCAACUCACCAGUACGAUGUCGUUCAGAUUGGCGGCGUCCUUUAUAGAGGCCAGCGUGGGCCCGAUGAGAGAUUGUCAACCGAGUGGAUAAGAAGAAGUCAGGGUUUGCGAAUAACAAGUAGGAGAACACUGACUGCAAACCGAGCCUCCCGGCCUCGACGACAUCCCUCUUGCUAAGCAGAAUAAUCAAGACCAGCAGAGCCAUCAGAAGCAGCACGUUAAAUAGCUUGCCAGUCCUACAAGCCGCAAGGAGACGACAAAACUUCCGGUCAGAAUAUACAUUCAACAAGCGAUAGAAACUUUACUGUAGACCGAGACCUUGCCACGACGCGAUUCGCCGAACAAAAGACCAAGAGCCACACUGCCAACAAAGAGCUUCGCGAAGCAAACUCUUCCAAGUCCGCUUCGUCAGAACUUCUAUGGAAUUCGACGAACGAGCAGUUUGCCGGUGCUCUACCCUGCGGGGCUGACUCAGAUUGCUUGUUCGCAAGACUUUUGGGAUACGAAUGGCCUCACUUUGGCAUUAGCGCCAGCUACUCUUCGGCUGCAAAAUCUGAGUGGACCUGGAAAUCUGCCUCGAUCUCACACAAGUCUACACACUGUCCAGGCUUCUUCAACGCUUUUUGUGAUGUACCUUCAUCGGGACCUCUUUAUGGCAUCGGGCUCAGACGAGAGUUCCAAUGUUGUGGUUGAGCGCGUGGCGUUCUAGCUGCUGAGCAGGAGGCGCUUCACCGAUUAUGAAUACUAGCAAUGUUGGCAAAAGAACAGCGCAUCACCCGAGCUACCCAGAAGUAUUGGACGAGAAGGUUGAUGUCAUACAGUUCGGAGACAAUACCAACUAGGAACAAUUGCUGUGAUGCAGAGGACUCACGAGGCUGCGGAACCUGGACUGAGAUAGUUACGUAAAGCAUACUUACAGCUCGCAAUGAGACAUCAGGUCCAGAUAGUACGACGUCUACUUUAUAUAGUGAAAGCUCGUUCUGCC